UUUAUCGAAUGCAGGAUAUAAGAAUUUGGGGCUGGACAGAAGACUUGUUUGGAUAUUCUGUUGCUUUUGUUCUUCACUUAGCCAUGGAAAGUGGUGUGCAUAAACUGGAUGAAACAGAGUUCAAGGAGUGUUUGAACUUGACUUGGAAGCAACCAUAUGUUUUGCGUCUUGCAUUUUCUGCUGGCAUCGGAGGCCUCCUCUUCGGCUACGACACUGGUGUUAUUUCGGGCGCACUUCUUUAUAUUCGAGACGAUUUUCAGGCAGUUGAUAAGAAGACAGUCUUACAGGAAACCAUUGUGAGCAUGGCUGUAGCUGGAGCUAUAAUUGGUGCAGGCAUUGGUGGAUGGAUGAAUGAUAGAUUUGGGAGGAGAUUUUCAAUUCUGUGGGCCGACUUUCUCUUCUUCAUUGGUGCUAUCGUCAUGGCUGCUGCUCCGUUUCCUGGAAUAAUCAUCCUCGGUCGGAUCUUUGUGGGUCUGGGAGUCGGGAUGGCUUCCAUGACUUCACCCCUAUACAUUUCCGAAGCUUCUCCCGCUAGAGUCCGAGGUGCCCUCGUUAGCACUAAUGGACUCCUAAUCACAGGAGGACAGUUUUUGUCCUACAUUAUCAAUCUGGCCUUCACCAAGGCUCCUGGAACCUGGCGUUGGAUGCUUGGAGUAGCGGGAGUUCCAGCUUUUGUUCAAUUUAUAUUGAUGUGGUGGCUUCCGGAGUCUCCUCGGUGGCUCUAUAGAAAGGACCGGAAACAAGAAGCCAUCGAUAUUUUGAGGAAGAUAUACCCUCCCCAUGAAAUCGAAAAAGAGAUUGAGGCCUUGCGGCUAUCUGUCGAAGCUGAAAUAGCCGAUGAAAGUUCUACCGGAGAAACCAAUAUCUUUCUUAAAAUAAAAAAUGCAUGGAAGAACGUCGUCGUCCGGAGAGGGCUCGUCGCUGGUAUCGGUUGCCAGGUGGCCCAGCAAUUCGUAGGCAUCAACACAGUCAUGUAUUACAGCCCCACUAUUGUUCAGUUGGCCGGUUUCGCUUCCAACAAAACUGCAUUGGCACUCUCCCUCAUUACCUCGGGUCUUAAUGCCGUUGGUUCCAUUGUCAGUAUCUGUUUCGUCGAUAGAGUUGGGAGGAGAAAGCUGCUUAUUGGUAGCUUGAUAGGAAUCAUAGUAAUGCUUGGGCUAUUAACCGGCAUAUUUAUCGGUGCUGAAAAAAAUUCCCCAUCUGUUGGUAGCCAAGAGACCGCACAUUUUUCGAACUAUACAUGUCCAGCUUACAAAGCAGCCCCAAGCGCUUCAUGGACUUGUAUGAAAUGCUUGAAAGCAUCAUCGGAUUGCGGAUUUUGUGCUCAUGGAGGCAACCAUCUUGGUCCUGGUGCAUGUUUGGUGUCGGAUCCAACCGUAAGGACCGCAUGCCAUGGUGAGCACCGUGAGUGGUACACCAGAGGAUGCCCCAGCAAUUUCGGAUGGUUGGCAUUGGCCGGACUAGCGUUAUACAUCAUUUCGUAUUCCCCAGGAAUGGGGACCGUCCCUUGGAUUGUCAACUCGGAAAUCUACCCGUUGAGAUAUAGGGGCCUCUGCGGAGGGAUGGCUGCGGUCGCCAACUGGGUCUCGAAUCUCAUCGUCUCACAGUCAUUCUUAUCCUUAACAGAAGCCAUUGGAAGUUCAUACACAUUCCUUUUGUUUUGCGUGGUGUCUUGCGUUGCGCUCGUCUUCAUCUUCCUAUUUGUGCCAGAGACAAAAGGAUUGCCAUUUGAAGAGGUUGAGAAGAUGCUGGAGAAUAGUAAUUGGAUGAUUGGAAUGAAAAGCUCGGUCGAGGCCGAAACCAGUCAUUCAAAAUGACCAUUGUUUUUCCAUCUGAAAUCAAGCAUGUCAGAAGUUUGGAUUCCACAAAUGAAUUGAAUUGCAAAUAUGAAAGCAACGUAAUUUCGAUUUGGAGAUCAGCCCGCUUAUGUUUGUGCUCAGGAGAAGAUACAGUUUGGUCCAGUAGAGUGGCUAUUGCAAUUCAAUUCAAUAGUGCAUCCAAACGGACGUUUAGCUCUUGGUUUGUUUCGUUUGAUCACAGGCGUUGGCAAUGUGUUGUUCUAAUGACAAUGUACUUUGGAAGAUGGUUUUUAUUUAUUUUCUGACUGAGUCAUCCAAUACCACCCAUAUGAUAGUGUUUUCUUGUGAAAGGAAAGACUUCUUUGAAGGAAA